AGAGAAGAGCUCGCAGUGCUGAUAUAUUACUGCAAAGUGAAAAGUUAAGCCCCAUUACAAGACGGUCAUUAUGGAUCGUUGGAAAGGCAGAGUUGCUCUUGUCACUGGUGCUUCAGUGGGAAUCGGGGCUGCAAUCGCAAAGUCUCUUGUCCAGCAUGGUAUGAAAGUGGUCGGCUGUGCCAGAAACCUGCAACAAAUAGAGAAAUUAUCAGCAGAAUGUGUCAGUGGUGGAUUCAGUGGAACUCUGAUUCCAUACAAAUGCGAUCUGUCGGUAGAGGAGGAGAUACAAGCCAUGUUCGCCUCGAUCAAAGUUCAACAUCAGGGCAUUGACGUGUGCAUCAAUAACGCUGGCUUGGCUCUUCCAGAGCCCAUAUUAAGUGGUAAAACCAGUGGCUGGAGGACUAUGAUGGAUGUGAAUAUCAUUGGACUGUCAGUGUGCACCCGUGAGGCUUACCAGUCCAUGAAAGAGAGAAAUGUUGAUGAUGGCCAUAUCAUUAAUAUAAACAGCAUGUGUGGACACAGAGUCGUGCACAAUGCUGAUGUACACUUCUACACUGCUACCAAAUAUGCUGUGACUGCUCUCACAGAGGGCUUGCGGCAAGAGUUACGGGAAGCCAAGACCCACAUACGUGCCACAUGUAUAUCUCCUGGUUUAGUGGAGACACAGUUUGCCUUCCGGCUCCUUAGUCACGACCCAGAAAGAGCUGCUGCCACCUAUAAAAGUAUAAAGUGUUUAGAAGCAGAUGACAUUGCCAGCGCUGUGGUGUAUGUCCUUAGUGCUCCUCCUCACGUCCAGGUUGGUGACAUUCAGAUGAGGCCUGUGGAACAGUUGACAUAACCGGAGCAGAAAAACAGUAUAAAGCACCUGCAGCAUCUUGAUCAUCAUUAUAAAGACUCACAGGCAUAUUACUAUAUUAUAAAUUGAAUUGUCAAUAAUGACAAGACUGUCUCCGUAUAAUCUUACUUUGUUGUAAACAAUAAUUAUCAAGUCUAAAUCUUUUGAAAUGCAAUUUUUAAUGAAAUGCAAAUGGCUCAUAAUCAGAACACUACUGUGUAUUGGCUUUUUCCAGUGUUGUAAUGAAUUUAAAAUGCAAAAUUACAAUGGGAAUGAAGAAUCUGUAAAAAUGUUUAUGCUUUACAUCACAAAUGUUUAAAUGCAAACAAAGAAUGAGUGAAGUGGAAACGUGUUUCUUCUUUAUACAAAUGUAACAUCAGCUCUGAAUUUGCCUCGCAACAAACAUUUUCUGAAAAAAGGAUUUUCUGUUGAGGGUCACCAUUGACAUUGCAUUUAUACCCAAGGGUGUAACCAAUCUGUGCCUAAAAAAACAGCUCUUCAGUAGCAUAGACAGUUUAAAUAGGCUUUUCUCCUUCAAGUGUAUUUAAUGAAACUGCUAAAUAGCACUUUCUGGUUUUCUUCAAAAGUGCCAACUGUUGAAUAGAGAACUGACAGUAUUUAUUGUAAAAAGAAAAAGAUUAAUAAAACAAAACCUUAAUACAUUUUAUUACCUCACAAACACUUACGCUUAUCCAGAUCCUGAAGUCUUUCAUAAGUAUUGCACUAAGGUAAAAGUCACAUACUGUAAAUGGGCCGUGUGCAAAUACUAAGGGUGAAAUGUAGAGAUGAACUUAAAUUGAAACACUUUCUGACAGGGUUUACCAACUGCUGUCAUGGCUGGAAUAAUUAGCAGAAUAGGAAGUGCAUCGCUGUUGGCUAGAAUCUCAGUGAGUAUUCAUUGGCAGAGGAGGGGUUGCAUAACAGAUCACUGCAAACUGUUCGCUGUUGAUCUGUUGGAACUGAGCGUAAUUUAUGGAUCGUUGGAAAGGCAGAGUUGCUCUUGUCACUGGUGCUUCAGUGGGAAUUGGAGCUAAAAUCGCAAAGUCUCUUGUCCAGCAUGGUAUGAAAGUGGUCAGCUGUGCCAGAAACCUGCAACAAAUAGAGAUUGGAGAACUUCAGAUGCUACCUGUGGAACAGAUGUUAUAGAUGCAUGAACAGAUUGACAGGGCAAACUGUCCCUAACAUCAUGACCAUCAUCUUAAAUGUAAAAACAUAUUUGAAAAUGCAGUUUAUGGAGAUGAGACAUGUA